CAGUUUUGUGGAGCGAAACUAUACUGUUUUCGCCUAGGGCGUACUCUCAAGCCGAUACGAUUUGCCGACACGCUUUUUGGUUGUUAUAAAACCUCGAAAUUUCGCUCACCUCUGAAGAAACCAGCACCGAUUUCGCCGAUCGGAUCCCCCGAAAACCGUUCUAUUCCGAUCCUUCUCUGCACUAAUUCGGACCCUUUGCUGCUCGGACCUCCGGUCAUUUCGUAUUCGAGCUCCGGACCUGAUGUCUCGGACGAGGAUCACGAUAUUUCGGAACUUGAGAGUUCUGUACCGGAAUUCGGAAGUUUUCCGAUAUAGUAUUAACAGCUGAUGGUGGAAUCUGGAGUCUUUUGAUGCUUUCCCAGCUAUGCAACUCAAGGAUAAUCAGGGUUUGGCACCUCCCCGAGCUUCUGAUCCUGGUUGGGCCCAUGGAAUUAUGGUGAAUGGGGGUCGCCAAAAGAUUAAGUGCAAAUACUGUCAUAAAAUUAUGCUCGGUGGUGGGAUUUCUAGACUGAAGCAACAUUUAGCUGGGGAAAGAGGAAAUGUAGCUCCAUGUGAGGAAGUACCUGAAGAAGUUAAAGUGCAGAUGCAACAACAUCUAGGUUUUAAAGUUUUGGAAAGAUUAAAGAGGCAGAAAGGAAUGAAAAGUAGCAAGGAUUCCAUGUCAUAUAUUCAAGGUAGGGAAGAAGGAGAUGAUGGCGAUGUGAUGCAGAUUAAGAACAUGGUUUCUGCUCGAGGCACUAGCAAGAGAAGGGGAAAAGAGGUUGUGGGAAGAAUUUCCAAUCGCUCUAAGAGACAGAAGAAGCAAUAUUUUUCAUCUGUUGUGCCUAUUGUUGCUGAACCAAUACACCAGAGUUUUGCUUCCCAGGAGAGCAUGGAUCAAGCUGACAUGGCUGUUGCGAGAUUUUUGUAUGAAGCGGGCAUACAAUUCACUGCUGCCAAUUCACAGUAUUUUCAAGAGAUGGCUGAUGCUAUAGCUGCUGUAGGCCCCGGUUAUAAGAUGCCUUCUUAUCAUUCUUUGAGGGGUAAAUUGCUGAACAGGAGUGUUCACGAUGUGAGAGAAUAUGUUGAAGAACUAAGAAAGUCUUGGGAUGUGACUGGGUGUUCGGUAAUGGUUGAUAGGUGGAUGGACAGAACUGGUCGUACAGUGAUAAACUUCUUUGUUUAUUGUCCGAAGGGUACCAUGUUCCUAAAAUCUGUUGAUGCAUCAGAAAUCACAUCUCCUGAGGCACUUCUUAACUUAUUUGAUGGUGUUGUUCAGGAAGUCGGGCAAAAGAAUAUUGUCAAUUUUUUGACAGAUACUUCACCCAGUUAUAAAGCUGCAGGAAAACUUUUAAUGGAGAAAUACAAGACCCUUUUCUGCACUGCCGGUGGAGUACAUUGUAUUGACUUAAUGCUUGAGGACAUUGGAAAAAUGGAUGGAAUAAAAGAGGUUUUGGCAAAGGCUAAACAGGUAACACAGUUUAUAUACAACAAUGAUUGGGUCCUCAUUUUAAUGAGGAAGAAAACAGGUGGAAGAGAUAUUAUCCAACUCGCAACCACCAGGUUUGCUUCCAUCUUUCUGACGCUGCAGAACAUGUUAUCUUUGAAGGGCAAUCUCCAUCAGAUGUUUACUGGAGGUGCUUGGAUGCAUUCAACUUUCUCUAAGCAAAGGGCAGGACUUGAGGUGGCAGAGGUUAUUGUGGACCCGUUCUUCUGGUCAAUGUGUGACCAGACUCUGAAGGUGACAAAGCCCUUGCUAUCAGUUUUACAGCUUAUGGAAUGUGGAGAGAAGCCAUCUGUCGGAUACAUAUAUGAUGCGAUGGAAAAAGCAAAGAAAAGCAUCAUUGAUGCAUUGAACAAGGAAUCUGCCUACUUGCCCUAUUUGGAGGUUAUUGAUCAUAUUUGGCAGGAGGAAUUUCAUAGCUCGCUUCAUGCAGCUGCAUACUACCUGAACCCCUCCAUAUUUUACAACCCCAGUUUCUCCUCUAACAAAGUCAUCCAAAAGGGCUUACUUGAUUGCAUCGAAACCUUAGAGCCUGAUUUAACAGCUCAGGUUAUGAUUACAAGUAAUGUAAAUUUCUAUGAGGAAGCUGUAGGGGAUUUUGGUCGACCUGUGGCGUUACGUAGUCGAGAUUCAUUGACUCCAGCUACUUGGUGGUCACUGUAUGCAGCUGAUUACCCAGAUUUACAACGCUUAGCUGUCAGGAUAUUAAGUCAAACUUGCAGUAUCACCCGAUGUGACAGGAGUUGGAGCAUGUUUGAACGUAUCCAUUUGAAGAAGAGGAACCGGUUGGAGCAUCAGAGGUUGAACGAUCUCAUAUUUGUUCACUAUAACUUACGUCUUCAAGAGAGGAGACCCGAAGUAAGUAAAACUAGGAUUAGAAGAGGUACACUUGACCCUCUAUGCUUGGAAGCUAUAGAUGCCAACAUGGGAGAUUGGGUGGAGGACCCAGGAGUAUUGGAGGGUGAGGACGUGAGCUGGAUUGAUGUAACAGUCCCCAGUGAGCCUACUUUUGUGAGUCACAAGGUAAAAGAUCUGGAUGAUUGUAAUGACAGUGCAGAUGACAGAGGCAGUGAUGACAUGAGAGGUAUGGAUGAGAAUGAUGAUUGUAGUGCCUAGAUAUUGUUCCAAUCUACAAAUUGGCAUGUUUACUGAUAAUUAAUAUUAAAUUCAAAUUGAAUUUUUGGUGGUUC